GGUGGGGCUGGGACGGGACACGGCACCGGCACAGCGGGGAGGAGCGGUAGCGGCGGCACUCGCCUCUGGGGCCGGCCCCGGGCGCUCCUCGUCCUCGCUGGGCCCGUGGCCGCAGCGGUUCCUACCCGCUCGCUGAAGGCUGCGAUGCUGAGGCCGCGGUACCAGCAGGGCCGCGAGGGAGUGUAUUGGAAUCACGGAGUUCCCUGCACCAAGAGAAAACUUCUAGCAAAAUCUUCUCAGCAGCAGUUACUGCUUCGGGCUGAGUCAAUCAAAAGUAAGGGCGGGAUGUCGGAGCUGAGCGACGAGGCCAGCGAGUCGGAGCUGCUGAGCCGCAGCCUGUCCAUGUGGCACGGCGUGGGGCACGUGCUGUGCCGGGAGGAGCUGGACGUGCCUCUGGACCUGCACACGGCCUCCUCCGUCGGGCAGUACGAAGUGGUGCAGGACUGCAUCCAGCGUGGGGACCUGGAUUUGAACCAGAGGAACUGUGGGGGCUGGACCCCACUCAUGUACGCUUCCUACAUCGGCCACGACAACAUCGUGCACCUGCUGCUGGAAGCGGGAGUGAACGUGAACAUCCCCACCCCUGAAGGCCAGACUCCCCUCAUGCUGGCCUCCAGCUGUGGCAACGAGAGUGUUGCUUACUUCCUUUUACAGCAAGGGGCAGAGCUGGAGAUGAAGGACAUCCAUGGCUGGACUGCCUUGUUCCACUGCACCAGUGCUGGGCACCAGCAGAUGGUCAAAUUCUUACUGGAGAAUGGGGCAAAUGCCAACUGCAAGGAGCCAGUGUAUGGAUACACUCCUCUGAUGGAAGCAGCUGCUUCUGGCCAUGAGAUAAUUGUUCAGUACCUUCUCAAUCAUGGAGUGAAGGCAGAUGUCAGAGAUAACACUGGAGCCACAGCACGGACCCUGGCCAUGAAGUAUGGCCACACCAAGAUUGUGGGGCUGAUAGAUUUGCAUGCAGCCCCAGUGCCCAAGGUCUUCUGCAGGGGUCCAGGCAACUAUGAGGAGCUGAGUUCUUCAGAUGAAUCAUGUUCUGCUCCCCAGAGACAGAGACCUGCUCGUAGGACCAAGGGUCCCAGCAUCCAUGAGGGGCCCCAGGCCUUGGCCAAGAUCACAGCAGUUGGGAUUGGGGGAAGAAAGCAGUCUUGCUAUGAGCACGUGCCCCCUCAGGGCUAUGUCACCUUCAGCAACGAUGGCAGCUGUGAGUCAGGUGUCAUCCGCUACAGGGACGUCACCUCCCCGAUCAAUGAGCUGGACGUGGAGAGCAGCAGCAGCAGGGAGGAGAGUGCUCUGUCCAGCAACAGCUUGGGAACCAUCAGGAGCAGCAGCAGCAGCAGUGAAUGCCUAGUUAGAAUCCCAGGAGUCAGCAGUGAAGGCUCCUUGGAAAGCAAUGAGGACUCUGAUCACACCAACAGUCCCCCAAGUCGGAAACAAGCCAAGAGCUUUAAGGGCAAGACGCGGUACAGCAACAGUGACAGCCAGUGGAGCCACUGCCUGGGGAAGGCUGGGGGCUGCAGCCAGCACCUGGUCCUUCCUGAGCCCCCAGCCUACACAGGGCCCCAGGACCUGGCAACUUUCCUUGAUGAGAUUGGGUGCCUCAAGUACCUGCAGGUGUUUGAGGAGCAAGACGUGGACCUCCGGAUCUUCCUGACGCUCACCGAGAGUGACCUGAAGGAGAUAGGCAUCACGCUGUUUGGCCCCAAGAGGAAGAUGACAUCUGCCAUUGCGCGCUGGCACAGCAGUGCCCGCCCGCCCAGCGACGCUCUGGAGUUAGCCUAUGCCGAUCGGCUGGAGGCGGAGAUGCAGGAAUUGGCCAUCCAGCUGCACAAGAGGUGUGAAGAGGUGCAGGUGAUGAAGGGCCAGGUGUGCCAGGAGCAGAAGCUGCGUGCAGUGGCUGAGAGCUGUUUGAUGGAGCGGGAUGAGACCUGGAAUGCCAUCCAGUGCCAGCUCAGAGAGGUUCAGGCCAUCACCAAGGAUGCUGGAGUCCUGCUGGAUCAGAUCAAGAGCUGCCAGGCGGAGCUGACGUCGCGGCUGGCCCCGGAGCGGGCGGGCGAUGCGGCGUGGGAGCGGCGCGGCACCGGGGAGAGCCGGCGGCCCGGGGAGCGCCCAGUGCUGGAAGGGUGGCCGCCUUCCCUGGAGUCCCUGAGCUUGCCUGAGCUGUCAGCUGUGCUGGAGGAGUGUGUGGGAGAGAUGGGAAAAGCUCUGCAGACUGUGACUCAAAACCUCCAAAGGCUCCAAGCCCUGGGGCAGAGCGGGCAGAGCUGGCCAAAGCCAUAACCAAGCCAGGAGGGAAUACUGACGUCGGGUGACUGUUCCACCCGGAAGCUGACUGUGCUGGGAGAGGGAGCACGGGGCCGUGCCGGCAGCACCGCGGCUCUGCCGAGGCCACCGCAGCUGGCGGGGCACGGAGGAGGCUGUGACCACCGGAAAACACAGCUGGGAGGAUGAGGGACAGCAGAGGACAACAACCAGCAGCUCUUGGGGCCUGACUCGAGGCCCCCAGGAUCUUUGUUUGAAAGGUUUAGGUUUGGAGGAGAAGCUCUGAGCCUGGAAGUUUUAUCUGCCUUAAGUUUCCUGCAGCUCUUGUUGUUCAGGUCUGGGUGGUGGUAGAAAGGUGACAGUUGCACACAGCAAUCAAUUCAUUAUCCUUUUCUGCAUCCCAAGCUCCCCAGGGCCUCUGAAACGUGUCCCUGGCUCCUCCUGUGCCGUGGGAAUUGGCCCAGAGAAUGGAUCUGAGGCCAUAAAAAAGGCAGUUUUUUGUGGAGGGGUGAAGGGAGUGGGGUUUGUGAUGUGUGGCUCUUUGAGCUGCAGUGGAGCUCAAAGUGCAGCCCUGGUCCUAGUUGGAAUCUCUGCUCUACUGCUACCCCAGAUCUGGGCUUCAAAGCUUCUUCUUCCAGCUGACCCACUCUUGUUCACUUUGGGUUCCUGCUGUCCUCAGGGGCUGGGUGUGAGCACGGUGGUGGUUUAGGAAUGGCAUUCACUGAAACACUCCCAACUCACCCACUCUCCCCUCCCCUGGGCUGGGGUGGAGAGGAGAACUGGAGGCACAAAAGAUGAAGAGCACCUGUAGAAAUAAAAGCAUAUUACUGAAAACAGCAAUGAGAUAAGGAACAACAGUAACAACAAAAGUGUACAGGGGAGGUCCUGUCCUGGCCAGAGCCAGGACGUUACUGUAACUCCAUCCCUGAGAACCUUGGCCUGUGGUCAGAGGUCACUGGUCUGGUUUGCAAGGGCCAAGCUGCCAGCAAGGCGGAUGUUCCCCUGGAAAGACGGGAGAGAGGAGAAAGAGCUGUUGAGCUUCCCAUGCCUCUGGCAAGCAGGGGAAUGCCAAGGCAGCAGGGCAGGAACAGGGAUAGCUCAGUGCCCCAUGGGAGGUGGGCAAAGGAGCCACAGCCCAGAUGGAGCUGUGGUGCCAAGCUUUGCUCCUCACCCCUGCCUGCCUUGGAUUUGCAGGCUUUAGUGUUGGGAAAUAGUUCUGCCAGGGCAUUGUUGGGUGGGCAUUGCCAAGGACGGGCACUGCAGGAAGAGGCUGCCCUUGGUGUAAAGUGGUUUCCAGUGACUCUGUGUUCUUAUUUAUUCCUGAAUCCUGGAAGGGGGAAAACCACAACAAUCAAAAGCUGAAGUCUGAGUGACAGCCUUGAUGAAUCAGAACAAGUCCCUUUGGGAAGAGGCUAGAACUGCGUUCCUUCUGCUUUUUGGACCUCGGGCACAGAUCCCAAAUAUAAAAACCCAUCCAGCUCCAUUUUUUUCAACUGAUCACCCUUUCUCAUGAGCUGCCUGAGUCCCUUUAGGCAGGGGUGACAAAUGGUCUGUGCUUUCUGGGGCCAGCCCCUGUCCCAAACCAGGUAGGUGUGACCCCGUGUGCCUGGCAGUGUCCCCCUCUGUGGGUGCUGCUCCUCACCCUCAGCACGAGGCACUGUUUUUCCACCUUGAGCAAAUCUGUGGUGCCAGCUGCAGGAUGAGGCUGCAGGAGCUUCACCCUGAAGAGUUUGGAUGAGUUGGAGGGAAUUCUCAUGCAGCAGCCCUGGACACUCUUUAGAGGGCUGAGGCUGUGCUGGGAAGUGUUCAGGGCUUUGUCCCUCAUUCCCUGUCACUGGAGGAAGGGGGGAGUGCCAAGGCCUUACCUGCAGUAAUGUGGGGUUGUUAGUGCUGUUUCCCUUGAAUUUAAGGCAAAGCCCCCCAAAAAAGCUGAAGGGAAAGGGCCUGGGGGCACCUGGAGAGCCAAGGGAGCUCUGGCUCAGCAGUGCCCUGAGGACAGUGACUACAGGGCUUUGGGGCUGGAAUAAAGGGGGUUGGGGGAUUAGUAUGAUCUAUCCAAUAGCUGAGAGAGAAUAUCUGUAAAAGGGAGAAGAGGUGCCAGUGUGUGUGGAGGAAAAAAGGCCCCAAACAGGUGCUGCAGGAGCCCAGGUCUGAGAGCACACAAGGGGCCAGCAGGGAGGGGAUCUUCUGAAAGAGGGUAUUCCCAAGGAGGCAGUUCCUAAACUGCAUUCCUUGCAGCCAGGGUGGCUGUGCAGGCAGCAGGAGUCUGGUGCUACCCUGAGGUGAGCUGGCCGAGGAAAAAGAGCAUUUGCCGAUUUGGAUAAAGGAAUAAAAGCUGAGAAGCCUGGGUGUGGCUUGUGGCUUUCUCUGGAGAGAGCUGGGGCAUCACGGAUAUGUUCCCUGAUUUCUUGCAGGACAAUCAGGAAUGCACACAGGCUUUUCCAGCCUACUCUGCCAGGAGCUUGCAGGCUCAGGGGAGUGGGAGUGCCUCAUCCCUGGCAUCCAGCACUGCCUGCCUGGGUGAUGUGGGAAUCCAGGGGGAGCUGCUGGAGUCCAGGGGAAGCCACAGAGGUACUCCAAUCCAACGGGUGCAGUCAGGCUCAGGGAGCUCCUCUGGUCAGCUGAAGAGGGAGAGCUCAGAGCCCCUGACAGAGCCUAAAGGGGCUCCAGGAGAGCUGCAGAGGGAUGGAGUGACAGGACACAGGGGAUGGCUUCCCACUGCCAGAGGGCAGGGCUGGAUGGGAUAUUGGGCAGGAAUUGUUCCCUGGGAGGGUGGGCAGGCCCUGGCACAGGGUGCCCAGAGCAGCUGUGGCUGCCCCUGGAUCCCUGGCAGUGCCCAAGGCCAGGCUGGACACUGGGGCUUGGAGCAGCCUGGGACAGUGGGAGGUGUCCCUGCCCAUAGCAAGGGCUAGAGUGGGAUGAGCUCUAAGGUUCUUUCCACCCCAGUCCAUUCUGAGAUUCAGAUGUCUGGCCCACCAGGCCUUUCCUUCCCCUGGUGCAGACAGGAGCAGCAGGCUCUGCUUGCUGAAAAAUAAAUAUUUAUUUACAUCUGAAAA